UACAGUGUUGUGCCGUGUGCUGCAGGCAAUCUGUGGUCGGAGGUGUGAGAGAGAGAGAGAAAAAAAAAUAGAGAAAGUGUGGCGCAGUGCAGCGGCUUCUGAUGGAUACAGUGUCAAAAAAUCUGUAGCGAGGUGGAGGAGUGUUUACUUGCAAACUCGUGCAAGUGAAGGGAGGAAGGAGGGAAGGAAGAUAGGAAGAUGUGUGGUGUGUGGAUGGCGUGUGCUGAGCUGGUCCUGCUGUGGUGCCUGGGUUUAGUUUGGGCGCAAAAUGAAAACCCAGUGGUGUUUACUUUGGGAAUGUUCCAGAAUGUGAGCAUACCAGUGAAUGGAAGUGUGGAAGUGAACGUGUCCCAAAUCCCAGCUGAUGUGGCCUUCGUCACGUUGCAGUUUCACACUCAGCACACCAAUGCCACCGUCUCGUACACAAGCGUACUAGCGUAUGGUUCUUCAGUGACCACAGUUGAUUCCGGGCUACUGUUUCCUCUUUCGCCAGCUCAGUCGACAAUCUCGUGCUUCCUGCUGGCUCCGAGCAGUGACUCAGUUGCUGGAAUAGGAGUUAUACUGCCCUACUCAAGCACUGACCCUGUCCCUGGAGCCUGCAAUCUGGAGUACCCAGUGGAGAUCGACCCAAACAUCUACUUGCUCUAUAACCUUUACGAGACCACCAUUCGCUUUGCUCCUGCUAACAUCGGAAGUGCGAGAGGAGCCUCUCCCCCGGCGUGUGAUGUGGAAACGGAUUUAAAUAAUCGGUGGCGUUUAGAGUAUGACGUGUACCAGUUCUUCCUUCCUGAGAACGACCUCUCGGAGCAGAGUCUCAUCAGUGGCAUCAAGACGGUUGCCUGGGUGACAAACAUGGUGGAAAAUGGUAGGAAGGUGAUGACAUUAUCCUCUCAAGAUAAAACUGCGGUGUCCUUUAACUCCAUCCCGGGACAGGGUGUAAUCUUCUCCAUCGUCGUGAGAGACCCCGUCUACAACAGCUCCGCUUCAUACGUGCCCGUGCACACCUACGCCUGCAGCUUCACGUCCACGUUAGACAGCUGCAACACGCUAGGGAGAAUUUCCACCAAGGUAUUUUUCACCAUUACAGGACUUGCGGGACUUUUUGUAUGUUUCUUAGGGCAUCGUUUUUUCAAAUGUGAGCUCUUCUGUUUGGGCUUUGGCUUUGGAGCCUUUUUCUUCUUUGUGCUGAUCACGAGAACCACCACAUUGGAUUAUGACAUCCGAUUGGCUCUGACGGCUCUAAUAGGCGUUGUAGGUGGGGUGGUCCUGGUGAUGACUUGGUGGCGGUUCGGCUCGGUGAUGGCCUGCGUUGGCGUUGCUGGCCUCAUUCUCGGCUUUCUCAUCUCCUCCAUCAUCUUUUUCACGCCACUUGGUGACCUCCCUGUGUUUCGUCACGGUAAUGUGUUCUGGGUGACGUUUAGCUGCAUUGUGCUGGUCGUGCCUCUGUUCUUCAUCAGAUGGCCAAGAGAGGGUAAUAUAUUAACAUGCGGGGUGGUGGGAGCAUACAUGGUAGUGCUGGCUGUGAACUCCUACACCUACACCAGCCUGUCCUACAUCACGCUGGACGUCCUCAAACGCUUCCUCAAUGACGACUUCAGCAGAGCUUUCAUAUCCGUACCGCUGCAGAACAUCGACUUCAUCCUGAUCAGCGUGUGGGCGAUCCUGGCGGUGCUGGGCAUCGCGCUGCAGCUGUACAGAGAGCGCUCGCGGCCGUUCUUCCCUCCAAGCCCAUACAUUCUGUGGCGCCAGGAGCGUGAACGCCGCAAGACUAACGUGUUAGACCCGAGCCACCACACGCCAUCUCUGCCCGCCCGCCUGCUCGCCCGCGUCCGCCAGCUCACUCGCCAUCAAGAGCCUGCUGGAGAGCGUACUCCCCUGCUCCUCUGACCAGUGUGACUCCGUCCUGCUGCGAUUAUUCACAGUGGGGGGUGGCUUUACAGAUACAGAAUAGGACACAGACUCAGGGCCCACUGUAUGUGAUUUAUUUACACACUUUACCAACUCCUCAGACUUUUCAGCUACAGAUUAUAGAUCUCUAGCAGGUGAUGACAGUAUGAUUUUUGGUUAACAGCUCUUGAAUGUAGACAGUGAUCUUGAUCAUAUGAUGUGAUUUAAGUUACUUAAAGACUCGUUUAUAACGUGGUAAAUACAGGACUGAUCUGACCCUAAACGAAGGUCUUCGGUCAUCUGAAUGAACUGAUACGAGAUCUCGAUCAUAACCCAGAGCUGACCAUUUUAAGUCCGAUUGAAAUGUGAGUUGGAGUUAAAUUUUUUUUUUUUUUUAAGCCUGUCUUUCACAUUCAUUAUAAAUGAUUCCCUAAAGACCUUAAUAUGACGACAAGCUUGAGCAAUUUUUAAAACUUUGUUUACAUAUAAAGUCAAAGUGCAACGUUUAAGUAUUUUAAAGCAUUGGGUGACUUAACCAAAAGCAAAAAUCUCACUGAGAAGACGAAAGAGGAACCAUCACUUUAUUUCAUGCACUCUGUUCAGAGAUAUGAAUGCUGCCAGGCUUUUAGGAAAUCAAGUUUAAGACUACUGAAUUUCAGGGGGGGAAAAGCCUGAGCAAGCCAAAUUCAAGGAAGAUGAAAACGUCCAAUUUCCUUUAAAAAAAAAAGUAACCCCAAACCUCUGCAGACCAACUUUUCUUCAUGACUCGCACAUCUGUUUUCUCAACCCAGCUCUCCCUUCCAUUAACCAUCACCAAUACCAGUUCAACCAGUAAUUUAUUAAUUUUUGUUUCUGACGGUUUUUUUGUUUUCCGAACAGAAAGAUGUAGCAUUUUACUCUGAAGGUACCACGGUGUGUGUGUUUUUGGGACUCUUUUUUAUUAUUAUUAUUAUUAUUUUUUUUUUUUAAAUAAUUAGGAGGAUGGUAUCUUAUGGGUUUGGUUUUCAUGACUAUGUUCUCACUACCUGAGCACCUAUUUAAAGAAAACACUGAUUGGUUAAUGCUGAAACGGUUUCUCUGUUCCCUUCCGGUCCUCAUGUGGGUGGUUUAUAAAUCCCCCAGACGCGAGUCCUGUGAGAGGAUUGGGGUCAUGGAACAAUAUCCGAUAUAAAGUUUGGGUGCCAAUUUCUUGUCUCAGGGCUUUUGGAAUAACGCCCCUUAGCGAGGUGGCCUACUGUGAGCACGUGUUUGUCUGCAGUGUUUAUAGUUUCUUAUACAAGUUGCAAUAAUAUCUAUAAUUAUAUUUUAAAACUGCUUACAUGUUAUGGCUGUUAUUUAUGGUUGUUUUUUCGCAAAAUAUUGGAUAUGAAACUUUUGUAAUAGCUAAAGAUAAUAAAGUUUUUUGUGCAAUGA